AAUGCCAAACCAUUUAUUCAGAACUCAUCCAAGAACCUACGGAAAAGAUUCAAGAGGUUAUCUAUAAAUAAUAUAAAUAAAGAAUGCAGAGUUUGUGCUGCUAGACAAGGUUUGAUCAGAAAAUAUGGUAUGAAUGUUUGCAGAAGAUGUUUCAGAGAAAACUAUGAAUUGAUUGGCUUCCACAAAGUAUUUAUUCAUUAAGAAUUAUUAAGUAUAACUGAU